AUGAUCGGAGCAAUCCUAUCGACAAUGUUUGUUAAUCGUACAUUAAUUCCAAGUACUCGGUCACGCCCAACAACACAGAGUGGUAAUAGUGGAAUCAAAGAAUCGGGAGAUAGUAACAGCGCCACGAUUGACGAUGCCAACGAUAUUGAACGAACUGAACGAUUGACUGCUAAAAAGACAACAUCACCUGUAACUAAAGUAGGAAAUCUAACCUUGGAAAUCACGAAAGUAACCGAACAACUACUACAAGCCAUUGCUAACAGUGAUUUCGACAUGUAUAAAUCACUAUGCGAUCCGAAGAUUACCUGUUUUGAACCUGAAACGAUAGGAAAUUUAGUUGAAGGUCUUGACUUUCAUAAAUUUUACUUUGAUACAGUCUUAUCUGCGAAAGCAAGCAAACCCACAAUCAAUUGUACCAUGCUAACACCAGUUGUGCACACAUUGGGAGAUGAAGCAGCUUGCAUAGCUUAUAUUUUACUUCUUCAAUAUAUGGAUCGAAAUGGUCAACCACAAAGUGUUCGCACAGAGGAAACUCGUGUAUGGCACAAAAAGGACACACGUUGGCAAUGCGUUCAUUUUCAUCGUUCUGGUAUGCCAGUGGCAUCAGCGAUAAAAUCUUCAUUUACGACUUCUUUAUUAUGA